CAACGACAGCGUCGACGUCGCGAGCACAGACAGGCUCACUACGCUUGCUCUUAAAUAGCAUCACGCCGCUACUGCCAAGCCCUCUCUCCCGUCCUCGUCCCACCCACCUCUCUCCCCUCCCUCGCCACUCAUGCUCGCCCUCCGCACCCUCCGCGCCGCGCCCGCGCUCCGCGCCCUCCCCCGCGUCUCGGCGUCGCGCGUCGUUGCGGCCCGCAGCUUCAGCGCCUCGCAGCGCGUCCGCGCCGUGCCCGCUGGCUUCUCGGGCCUCGACUCGAUCCCCGGCCGCGUUGAGAACGUCGGCACCCCCGCCAAGGUCAAGGAGACUGGCGGCAAGCUGUACGCGUCGGCCGACGAGGCCGUCAAGGACGUCAAGUCGGGCUCGCUCGUGCUCUCGGCCGGCUUCGGUCUCUGCGGUACCGCCGAGACCCUGAUCACCGCCAUUGUCGACCGCCCCGACAUCAAGGACCUCACCGUCGUGUCCAACAACGCUGGCAACGUCGGCGCUGGUGGUCUCUCCCCCCUCAUCGGCACCAAGCAGAUCUCCAAGAUGAUCCUCUCCUACGUCGGCACCAACAAGGCCCUCCAGGACGCCUACCUCUCGGGCGAGGUCGCCCUCGAGCUCAACCCCCAGGGCACCAUCGCCGAGCGUCUCCGCGCCGCUGGCGCCGGCAUGCCCGGCUUCUACACCCGUACCGGUGCCGGUACCGACGUCGAGACUGGCGGCAUCCCCCAGCUGUGGUCCAAGAAGGACGCCGACGGCAAGCAGACUGUCCUCGUCGAGGGCAACAAGAAGGAGGCCCGCGUGUUCGACGGCAAGCGCUACAUCUUUGAGCCCGCCAUCACGGGCGACGUCGCCCUCCUCCGUGCUUGGAAGGUCGACAAGGCCGGUAACUGUGUCUUCCGCUACACCACCGCCGCGUUCGCUGGUCUCGUCGCCCGCGCCGCCAAGGUCGCCAUCGUCGAGGCCGAGAACCUGGUCGAGAUUGGCGAGAUCCACCCCAUGGACAUUGACCUCCCCGGCAUCUACAUCGACCGUAUCGUUCAGUCGACGGUCGAGAAGAAGAUUGAGCUCGUGACCCUCACCGAGGAGGCCGAGGACGCUGCCGACGCCGCUGCCGACGAGGCCGCCCCCAAGUCGACUGCCCAGCUCAAGCGCGAGAAGAUUGCCAAGCGCGCCGCCAAGGAGCUCAAGGACGGCUACUACGCCAACCUCGGCGUCGGUAUCCCCGUGCUUGCUGCCAACUUCCUUGCCCCCGGCACCAACAUCUGGCUCCAGUCCGAGAACGGUAUCCUCGGCAUGGGCCGCUACCCCACAAAGGACGAGCUCGACGCCGACGUCAUCAACGCCGGCAAGGAGACCGUCACCCUCGUCCCCGGUGCCUCGACCUUUGACUCGGCCGAGUCGUUCACCAUGAUCCGUGGUGGCCACGUCGACGUCUCCAUCCUCGGCGCCAUGGAGGUCUCGGCCAACGGCGACCUCGCCAACUUUAUGAUCCCCGGCAAGCUCGUCAAGGGCAUGGGCGGCGCCAUGGACCUCGUGUCCAACCCCGAGAAGACCAAGAUCAUCGUCGUCACCGACCACACCGACAAGCACGGCAACCCCAAGGUCGUCGAGCAGUGCUCGCUGCCGCUCACCGGUGCCCGUGUCGUCUCGACCAUCAUCACCAACCUUGCCGUGUUUGACGUCGACCUCGAGAACGGCGGCCUGACCCUCAAGGAGAUUGCCGACGGUGUCGAGCUCGACGAGGUCAAGGCCAAGACUGGCGCCUCGUUCAAGGUUGCCGAGCCUCUUGGCCGCUUCUAAGGGGCCGAAGUAUUGUGGCGGGGGCGUAGCAUCUUGAUCGACGAUCGAUAAUACAGCAGCAGCGAGAGCGUGCGUGUAAUACUAUAGAGCCAAAAACAGCAUCAUACGGGCAUGGCCCACUCAUCAAUGAAUUGCAUUGUAUACG